GCCCCCCGCGUCUCCCGGCCUCUACCCCGCGCCCUGCCCGGGGUCGGGCCUCUCCUUUCGGGUGCUCCUUCGCCCGGCCCUGUCUUCCUGCGUGGGACCAAGCGCUCCUUUUGGAAGCGCGAGGCCCUUCAGACGCGGCCGGACCACUGCUGUUAGGUCCCUAAGCGCCAGCUCCCCCCCACAGAGUUUUUCCUCUUCUGAUUUUGGGGAUCAGUAUCCUCAAGAGAAAGGAAAUGACAUCUCGAGUUCCAUCGUGGCCGGGUACCGCACGGCUGUCGCUCACAUUGAGCCCUCCCGAGUUGGUGUUCUCAGAACUCCCGUUUCACGGAUGCCCGAGCGCACAGCAGUUAACUGACUUGGGCUCUCGGGGCUAACGAGUAGCGAGGGGUUCUGACCUACUUUAGUUCCAAAGUGGGGAACUACCGACACCUUUGGGCUACAGCGCUGCUUCCUCUGUCAGGCUGAGAAUGCUCCCUUCCAGGUUCCUUGUUCCUGCACAGAACGCUCUGCCUCCCCCUGGGUUAUUUCGGAAAUUAAGUACAACAAAUGCUUAACUGAGCGGUGCAGGGGAUGAACUUUGGAAGUCAAGAGCCUGGCCUUGUCCGGGCUCGGCUGCUAACUGGCCGUGUGGCCCCUUGGCUGACCGGCGAGAGCCUUCUGACCAGCAGGCUCUCAUGCAGGUCUCCCUUGCUGUCGUCCACCAGGCUCUCUAAGGAGCCCCAGACCCUGCUGCUUCCCAUGGGCAGCUGCCAGGCGGGGCACAGCCUGCAUCUCCGUCUGGCCCACCACCCACCUCUGCUCUGUGCCACCCUGAUCCUGCUGCUCCUCGGCCUGUCGGGCCUGGGCCUCGGUGGCUUCCUCCUCACCCACAGGUCGGACCUGCGCAGCCCGGACGUCCCUCAGGACUGGGUCUCCUUCUUCAGGUCUGCUGGCCAGCUGAACUUCUGUCCGGUGAAUGGGACAGUCACUGGGAAGUCGCAGGGGUUCCACGUCGUGGGCUUGCUGACCACCUUGAAAUUUGAAGAUGGUUCAGACAGGAACAAGACUAAAACAUUUCAAGCCAAGAUCCCAGGUAGUCAAAUGGGACUGAAAGGGUCUUCUGCGGCAGAGCCAGUCCUCGUCACAGCCAGGGCGGCCACAGAAGGGACUGCAGGGACCUGUCUGUAUUUCAGUGCUGGCCCAGGAAUCCUCCCCUCCAGCCAGCCCCCCAUAUCCUGCUCAGAAGAGGGAGCAGGAAACGCCACCCUGAGCCCCAGGACCGGUGAGCAGUGUAUCAGGGUCUGGAGCCAUGAAGGCCUAGUGCUCACUCCACUGCUUACCUCGGAGGAGCUGAUGCUGUGUGGCUCCAGGCUCUGUGGCUUAGGCUCCCUCCUGCUCAUCUGUGGCCUUCUCUGCUGUGUCUCCACUUCGUGCUUCCACCCGUGCCGGGAGUCCCACUGGUCCCGAGCCCGGCUCUGAGGGUGAGCUAAGUCCUACCUGGUUCUCAGGUAUGGAUCAACUUCUUGGGCCGUGGUUCUGAGUUGGAAGAAAUGUUACAAAUAGUGAAGUGCUGGGGCUGCGGAUUUAGCUCAGUGGUUCCGGCGCCUUCCUCGCAAGUCCAAGGACCUGAGCUCCACCCUGGUAUCAAAAAAAAAAAGUGAAGUGCUGGAAUGUGGGAGAAAAUAAAAGGCUUUUCUUGCCCGGUAUUGCCUAAAAUGUUUUGGGGGUAUUGGAUUGAGUUGUAGUGUAUGUAGAUAGGUUUGAGAGGUUUGGGGGACUUUUUUCUUGUUGACUCUUUAGUUUGUAGUACAGGUUGACACAGGGCUUAGGUUACUACAGCUCUUUCCAUGGUUUUGACGACUUUGGAAAAUAUCUGGAUUUGAUCCCAGCUCUAACUUUUUUUUUUGGUUCUGGAGAUUGAGCCCAGGACCAUCAUUCACACUGAGCUCCAGCUCCAGCCCUUUUUAUUUCGAGACAACCUAUGGAGCCUUCUCAGCCUGCGACCCAAAGUAGUCACUAAGUUGCCCAGGCUGGGCUGGAACCUGCAAUUCCUGCCUCAAGUUUCCAGAGUGAUGGGAUUGCAGA